AUGGACAGUGAUUACAGUAAUUUAGACGAUGAUUAUAAUGAUUUUAUUCCUGACGAGAUAAAAGAAAAGGCGAAGAAUAUAGCUUUACAAUCAAUGCCAAUAAAAUCUAGACGAAUGUAUGUGGCAACUUAUAAUGCUUUUAAAGCAUGGUGUAAAGAAAAUGUUAAAUCAAAUUCUUUUGCUGAAGAUCCCAUAGGAAUUAACAAGUUUGGUUCAAUGCCUAGAACCAUUGCUGAAUUUUUAAAAUUAGAAAAUGCAAAGAAAUACACAGGACAUAGUUUCCGUCGAACAUCUGCCACAUUUUUAGCUGAUGCUGGAGGUGAUAUGACAGUGAUGAAGAGACAUGGUGGUUGGAAGUCAUCAACAGUAGUUGAAGGUUAUAUUGCCGAUUCCGUUAACAACAAAAAACGUACUCAUUCUAUGAUCACCGAUGGAAUUGUUUUGAAUAAAAAAACAAAUACUGUUGGAUCCACUCCUCCAUCUACUAAACCAUCUCUUGUACGGUCUUACGGAAUGAAUGAUUCUAACGCGGCUUCAUCAACUGCAGUAUCUAAAGAGCAAAGUUUUAAUACUAAUUUGAAUGCUUUAACACAGAUUUCCUGUUCACAAGAAAAUGUUAAUCCACAACUACCUAACCGUAUUUUACCAGUGAAAAACACAUUUCAAAGUUUGUGUACCAAGUGUUUCUCGACAUUAGAUUCUAAUUCUAUCAAUUAUGUGCCAGAUCGCCAGGAUUUGAAGACAUUUUUGAAUCAAAGCUACAAAGGUCAAUUGAUUCUUAAUUAUUACAAGCUUCAUAAUAAUCUCACUGAUACUUUGAGCAAUUAUUUGGCGGAAAUCACUUUUGGCCGGGAGAUUAAUAUUAUUCUUAAACAAGGAAAAGUCACCUUAGAUAAUCCUUUGAAAAAAUUAGAAGUUCCACCGGCUAUACUUAAAAAUCUCGCCACAGAAAUAAGUGAAUUAUUUGAUGACAAAUCAGGCAUUUACUACAGUCCUGGGUUUACAGAUGGCACAAAUAGAAUUAACCCAACUGGUAAAUUACAAAGCCAGUUAAACUAUGCUCGAAGACAAUUAAUAGACUCAGGUUUAUUAGUUAUCACUAGUCGCCGUAGCUCAGUUGUAGUUGAUAGUACUGAUUCAACUUCAACCAUAAGUCUAUUAAAUUUACUGAAACAGAACUCUGACGAUUUGGAAAAAAUUGAGAAAGCUUGGAUUGAUACGUUCUCAGCUCGAAAACAGUUGAUAGCAGACAAUUGUUUAUCAGGUGAAAAAGGAGUUGAUUUUAUAACGUCGGAUUUUGAGAAAAAAUGUGAAAGUGCUCAAUCAUUCAAGACAUCUUGGCCAAAUCUUCGAGCAACAUUUGAAGAUUUUAUUUUAUCAAAAAGGAUAGAUGAUGUUGAUGCUGCAACUCAGGUUGUUAAAUUAGCCGAGUUAGUCGAUGAUGAUGAAGAUGCUGUCAUUUUUUCAUUAUUACCUUUGGCCAUUAAAUCGUCAAUUGCCAGUACUGUUAAACGGAGAAAUCUGAUGAGCUGGAAGCUAAGAUUAAAGCUCGGCGGCAGACAUUUAUUACUAAUAAAGAAGCAUUUUACCCCUUUAUGGUUAUUGUCGGACCUGUCUUCAAACCUGUCGACUUUUAUGUCAUAAUUGAUGGUACAAAACUGAAGGUUAAUAUCGCACUUGAAGCUAUAGACGUAACUUUUAAAAUAUUUCUUCUAACAUUUUGCCCAUUUCCAAAAUUUGUGAGCCCGACAUACAUACUCUUAAAAAAAGUUAUUUAUCAAAUUACUUCACCAUCGAAAUCAUCAAUUCAGUUACAAAAAGCUCUAUUAUUUUUUGAAAAAAAAUUACAAACUAAGUUUGAUUAAUAUAUUAAAAUAACAUAUAUAAACAAUAUUUAUUUUAUACUGAUAAAUCUAUACGAUGGAUCCUCAAAUAUUUGCUCAGAGCUUGAAAAGAGAAGCUGCUUUAUAUAUUGCCAAAUUGUUUGAUUUAUCCGAUUUACCUCGAAGCAGAGUUAAUGACAUUACCAAUAGUUUCACACAAUUUUUAAAUAAUAGUCCUAUCACGAUUCUUUUUAUGCACCUAUUAAACAGAUUAGAAUUUUUAAAUGAAUCACCUAAUAAUUUAUUAGCGAUGAAAACAAUGCUCGCAUUAAUUUUAAAUCCUUUCGAAGAAUUACGUACAGAGCAUCAAUGUUUACAACAUUUUAAAGACACUGAUACAUAUAUACCGCCAAUUAAAGUUGUUGUUGGAACCAAAAAACGUUACAAAAAUAUUAAAGAUGAAAUUAUUUCAACAAAUGAAAAUAUCACCGUUCAAGUUAUUCCACUACAACAAGUUUUACAAAAAUUUUUUGAAUUGCCGAAUAUUUUUGAACUUACUUUAACAUAUAUUAGAAAUCUAGAAAAUGAAAAAAUUCUUUAUAGUAAUGUAAUACAAGGUUUAAAGUGGAGAGAAAAAAAAAUUUCGGUGAAAAAAUUGUUUUUCCUAUAUUAUUUUAUCAGGAUGAUUAUGAGACUAAUAAUCCUCUGGGCAGCCGAAAAGGGUUAGGCAAACUAGGUACAGUCUAUAUUAUUAUUCCUUGCUUGCCGCCAUCUCUACGAUCUAAAGUUGAAAAUAUUUUCUUAUUAUCAUUAUAUAAGUGUGAAGAUUUACAAUAUGUUACUUUGAAAACAAUGUUAUCUAGGGCUAUUAUAGAAUUGAAAAGCUUGGAAUCUACUGGUAUAACAAUAAGAACAUCGUCGGGGCAACAUAAAAUUUAUUUUUCAUUGGCUGGAGUGAUGGGAGAUAAUCUUGCUGUCCACUCGAUGCUAGGAUUUGUAGGUAGUUUCUCAUCACAUUAUCCUUGUCGAUUUUGUUUGAUUAAUAGAGCUGAUAUAAACAGUACAUUUGAUGAGUCUGAUUGUAUACUCCGUACAGAUGAAAAUU